AUGGCGUUGAAAUCUGCAAUCCGCAAUUUGCGGAAUAAUCCCUACCUCCUCUUCGUCCGACUUCCGAAUCUCCUCUCGCUUCUUUGUAUCGUUGUCGGCGUUGUCUGGCUACUUCUCCUGCCUCUAAACGAGUACUCCCGCCGAACCUACAUCUCCGAGAAUGCGCUCCUGCCGGGCCAAGUCCAUGCGUAUUUCACUGGAAGCGAGCAGAAUAUCUUCCGGGGAUAUAAGAAGGAAUUGGAAGGAUUGUUGAAUGAUGGACAGGCGAGAGGCGGUCAGAAAGACGAGGCCGAAGUGACAGCUGCGGUCUCGGACAAGCUGCAGUCGAUUCUGCAGGCGGCCGGUCUCAAGGUUGCUACGCAGAAGUAUGAAUACACGUCUGCUGGGAUUACACACCAGGGAGAGAACACUUAUGCUAUCAUUCAUGCGCCGCGCGGCGAUGCCACGGAGGCAAUUGUGUUGGUUGCGCCGUGGAUGACGGCUGAUGAUAAGCUGAACCUGAAUGGCGUUACUCUUGCACUGACGUUGGCGAGAUAUUUCAAACGAUGGUCAUUAUGGUCCAAGGAUAUCAUCUUCCUAAUCACACCCGACAGCAAGUCCGGAACCCAGGCUUGGAUUGACGCGUAUCACGAUAUGCAUCCAGCUUCGGUGCAGUCACUUCCCCUGAAGAGCGGAGCGUUGCAAGGAGCAUUGGUGAUUGAAUACCCCCUCGAGCACCGGUUCCAAACACUCCACAUUGUAUACGAUGGCGUCAACGGGCAGCUCCCCAACCUCGAUCUGUUCAACACCGCCGUCGCUAUCGCAGGUGGGCAGAUGGGUAUCGGGGCCAAUCUGCAGGAAAUGUGGGGCCACGACGACAGCUACAAACAUCGUCUGCAGACCAUGUUCCGCGGAAUGACCAAACAGGGUCUUGGGUAUGCCACCGGUGCACACAGCAGCUUCAUGCCGUAUCACAUCGAUGCUAUCACUUUGCAGACCAAGGGCGAGGGAUGGGAGGAUGAAAUGGCCCUGGGCCGGACGAUUGAGUCUCUUUGCCGCAGUUUGAAUAACUUGCUGGAGCACCUGCACCAGAGCUUCUUCUUCUACCUGCUCAUGCAGUCGAACCGUUUUGUCAGCAUUGGAACAUAUUUGCCUAGUGCCAUGCUGAUCGCUGGGAACUUCACUCUUAUGGCCAUUGCCUUGUGGAUGCGUACGGGGUAUUAUCCAGAGACCAAGCCAGCCGAACCCAAGGAUGGGAAGACGGACGUCGCAGAACCCAAGGACAUGAAGGUCUCUGUUGAGGCCAAGACGAUUAACAUCGCAGAACGACAACUGGCUCUGCCCCUGUCACUUGUUGCUGGGCUCCAUUUACUCGGCCUGGUCCCGCUCUGGGUCUUUAACAAUAUCUUCCACCAGUAUUUUACCACUACGACUUACAUAUUCGUGGUCGUAGGCAUCAUCCUGCCCUUAAUCCUCGCCGCAAUCCUCUCCCACGGCCUCGGUCUCUCCAAACCAAUCGUCCCCCAACAAUACCACCUCAUCAAAUCCUUCUCCCUGCUCCUCCUCGGCCUCUCCCUCUCCACCCUCGCCACCCUCAACUUCUCCCUUUCAUUCAUGAUCGGUCUCCUCUGUGCGCCACUCAGCUUCGUCACCCGGGUGCAGAGCUCCGCACCGGUCCGUUUAGCGACUUCUAGUCUGGGGCUGGUGCUGCUUAAUCUCCUUUCGCCACCGACGGUUCUCCUUGGCGUCUGUGGCUAUAUGGGUGUCUCGGUCGAGGAGGUUCUCACGCAGGCUGCGUUCGGUUGGGAUGUGUGGGGGCUUGAGUCAGGUGUUGUGGCGCUGGAUAUGGCACAUAAUUACAAAGGAUGUAAGGAGUAG